AUGGGUGCAUCAGAUAAUCUUGAUUUCGAUCCUAACGAUUUGGAUUAUUUGUUGAAUGAAGAGGAGCAUGUCAAUCAAAGCAUGUUUGAGGAUAUUAUUCAAGCAGAAGAACAAUAUCGCCGGGAAGAAAAAGGUGAUAAUGCUUCCAGUGGGCAGAUUGUUGCGGCGUUCGACGAAGCUCAGUCCAAACUUGUAUCUCUGCUGGGUCCUAAUACCUUUGCCCACUAUUUCACCGAUUUGGCAUGGAAAUAUAGGAACGAUGUAAAGCAAUGGUUUAUAGACAAGGGCAUAAAUAUCAAAUGCGCAUUAGUUUUAGGACGUCGUUCAAGUCGUGAUCGUUUGGAACUUGUUUGUGAGAGAGGUGAAACGCAAAAAAGUCAUUGGGCACAGGACACACCGUACGUGAAGAAGACGACAAGGGAAUACAUGACUAAAUCAAAGAAGUUUGUAUGCUCAUUUAAGAUUAUAGUUAAUAGACCCAAUGAUAAGCCACAUCAAUUGGAAACGAUAAGGUCGAUGAAAGCGUGUAAACCAAAUGACAUCCCUAGGAAGAUUAAGAAUAAUUUGUCCACUUUGAGACAAAUUUACGCGGCAAGAGCAGCCACUGAUAUUAUCUACAGUGAGUUUGUUGUGCCAGUGACAAAGCCACCGCCGACUCCACGACCAAAACCGCGGUUCCUCCAGAAGUGUUAA